AUGAACGGAAACGGAGCUGCUCACGAGCUCCCAGCUGGACACUUCUUGUUCACCUCCGAGUCCGUCGGAGAGGGUCACCCCGACAAGAUUGCCGACCAGGUCUCGGAUGCCAUUCUGGACGCCUGUCUUGCGGAGGACCCCUUCUCCAAGGUGGCUUGUGAGACCGCCACGAAGACCGGAAUGAUCAUGGUCUUCGGAGAAAUCACCACCAAGGCCAAGCUUGACUAUCAGUCUAUCAUCCGAAACACCAUCAAGCAGAUCGGAUACGAUGACUCUGAAAAGGGAUUUGACUACAAGACUUGCAACAUCCUUGUUGCCAUCGAGCAACAAUCCCCCGAUAUCGCUCAAGGUCUCGAUCACGGAUCUUUGGAGAACAUUGGUGCCGGUGACCAGGGUAUCAUGUUCGGAUAUGCAACCAACGAGACUCCCGAAAUGAUGCCUCUUACCAUCACCCUCGCUCACAAGCUCAACGCCGCCAUGGCCGCCGCUCGACGAGAUGGAUCCAUGGGCUGGCUCAGACCAGACUCCAAGACUCAAGUCACUGUCGAGUACAAGAAGGAGGCUGAUGGUUCCGUUGUCCCUAUCCGAGUCGACACGGUUGUCAUCUCGACUCAGCACGCUGAAGAGAUCUCGACUGAAGAACUCCGAAGUGAAAUCAUGGAGAAGAUUUGCAAAACUGUCAUCCCCAAGAACCUCUUGGACGACCGAUGCAUCUUCCACAUUCAGCCAUCUGGACGAUUCGUCAUCGGAGGACCCCAGGGAGAUGCCGGUUUGACCGGUCGAAAGAUCAUCGUCGACACCUAUGGCGGAUGGGGAGCUCACGGAGGUGGUGCGUUCUCCGGAAAGGACUGGUCAAAGGUCGACCGAUCGGCUGCCUACACUGCUCGAUGGAUCGCCAAGUCUCUCGUUGCCGCUGGUCUUGCCAAGAGAGCUUUGGUUCAAUUGUCCUACGCCAUCGGAGUUGCUGAGCCCUUGUCCAUCUUUGUCGACACUUACGGUACCGGCAAGCGACCCGAUGCUGACCUAGUCGACAUUGUCAGGAAGAACUUUGACUUGAGACCUGGUGUCAUUGUCCGAGACCUCGGCCUUCAAAAGCCCCAGUACCUCAAGACCGCCUCGUACGGUCACUUCGGAAACCCUGCCUACUCUUGGGAACAGCCUAAGCAGCUCAACCUCUAA